AUGGGGGAGGAGAGAGAGGGGGCGAAUGCUGAGGCUGUGGUGGGCCCUGAUUUCACGAAGUGUAGAUUCAUAUCCCUAUCCUCCCCUCCUCUCCUCUCACUCACUCACCCCCUCCCUUCCUCCUCUAUUCCACGAAAGGCGGAUUUCUCCACACUUGAUGAAUGAAAAAAAAGACCACAAUGGCAGUCGUACGCCGGGAGUGUGGUCUAUGGUAGUUUUUUAUUCUGUUUUCUGUGUUGUGUGUGCAUGUGUGUGUGUACAUGUAUGUGUGUACGUGUGUGAAUGUGUGUGUGUGUGUGUGUGUGUGUGUGUGUGUGUGUGUGUGUGUGUGUGUGUGUGUGUGUGCGCGUGCGUGCGUGCGUGCGUGCAUGAUAGUUUUAGGUGUGUUGUGGGUACUUUCAGAAUUUUUGUCUGAAGCAUUCUGCACCUUUUAAUCUCUUUUCAUUUUAAGACAAUUCUCAAUGUUUUAACCUGUGUGUGAACGGAGUACAGUCAGCUACUGAUAAAUGUAACAGCUUCGGAAUGUCAUGAUAGGGAUGUGCACUUAAAGGUAGCAUAGAGUUAUCAGGAGCAAUUUAAAGAAUGUAAUAUAAUCAGGCCUGAAAAACUUUAGUCCACAUCCAAAGUGCUCUUCAGGUUUCAACCGUACAGUGUGUUCUGUCAACUAGGCUGCAAACAAUUUCCCCUUAGGGGAUGAUCAUGAUCUACUGAAUUUAACAUUUUAGAAUUACUCCACCAAACUACGAAUAUGUGCAUGAAUAAAACACAGUUAUACCUGCCAUGAGCUGGCAUGUUAUCCAACAUUAUCCAGUAGAAGACAGAAGGGUACGGGGGAGUACUAUACAACAAUAUACUAGUAGUAGAUUGUUAUCUUGGUAAAAUCAAAAUCAAGAACCAAGGUAAUCAUCAUAGUGUGUUGGAAGGUGAACUUGAUACCAGGGUAAGUGCUACCAUAUGGGCGUCAGGUAGCCUAGCCAUAAGAGCGUUAGGCCAGUAACUGAAAGAUUGCUAGUUUGAAUCCUUGAGCCGAAAAGGUGAAAAAUCUGUUGAUGUGCCCUUAAGCAAGGCAAUUAACCCUAAUUGCUUCAGGGUAGCUGUUGAUAAUGGCUGGCCGUGACCCCACUCUCUGAGGGUGUCUCUUGGGAAGUUGGGAUAUGCAAAAAAACUAUUCACACGUGUAUAAUACACACUUGUACAUGUGUGAAAUAGGACAAAUAUAAGCGCCCACAUAAUUAUUACAUGGGGGAAAAUAUAUAUCCAGUCUUUUGGAGAAGUGCACGAGGAGGGGUGGGAAGCAGAGAAGACGGAGCAUGGUUGAAAUUCCACCAAAUGGAAAAGAAGAGGCAGACAAAGUUUGACACAUUUAUGUUUUCAGUGGUUGACCGACACGAAUGAAAGAGUAAACCUUGUUUUAGCCUAGUGAAGUAUCACAAAUUAAUACCUCAGUAUUAAUUAUCCACUGCACGGAAUCUCCAUGAGGGCACAAGUCUGCAUGACGAUUUUUCGCGUAAAGAGAGGCAGCGUGGGAGAGCUGACUUGUCGCCUGGCAGGCGCCAGCAGCUUCACUAUCCCUCUACCUACCACACCGAGAUGCCCUCCUCAGUGCUUGUGUGACGGGUGGUGAGGGUGAAGAAGGAGGGAGAGUUUGUCAGUGACCCAACUUUGCCCAAGAUGGAUGAGGAUUUCCUGAGCAGUACCCUGACUGCCUCUGAAUCAGACCUGUCCUCGUCCUCUUUGUUGACAUUGGAGGCGAAGGCAGCCUUCAUCUUUGUCCUCAUCCUCUUCCUCGUCCUGGGCCUCCUGAUAAUACGCUGCUUCCGUAUCUUGCUCGACCCUUACCGCAGCAUGCCCUCCUCUACCUGA